AUGAAGAGAAAGGAUAAAUAUACAGCCAUGGUGGGCCGAUACAAAAGUACAGGGCAAGAACUCCAACAUAACCCUUGUCAGGGACAAUAUAUUAAUCCUAAAUAUAUCACAGAAAACCAAAAUGGAGAUGUGAUUGUUUCGGACUCCAGUAUUGGCUACUUUGGAUCAGGUGUUGUAGUGGUAACAGACUGUAAAGGCACACAUCGCUUCUCCUAUAAAGGGAAUAAACCAGAAUCAAGUUUUGAACCACGUGGAAUUUGUACAGAUGAACUGUUAAAUAUCAUUGUGUGUGACAUAAACACAAAGACAGUACAGAUGAUUGACAAGGAUGGUCAGUUCCUGACAGUGCUACUGACAGAAAAGUAA